GGGGCAGCGCGGUGCAAGGAGCAGGCCGCCGGCAGCCCUCUCCCACUUGGCGGCCCCUGCCCAGUUGCCCCUUUCCGCCCCGGCCCAUGGUGCGAGGCUGGGAGCCGCCGCCCGGGCCGGACCGCGGGUCUACCCUACUUGUUAAAUUCUUAUAAGGCGUUCCAGUUGUCAUUUCCCCAGUUCAAAGCCAGGGAUUCUUCCAGGGAAUUACCAGCAAUACAGCUGUGUGUUGAUUUAAGAUAACACUGUGCUUCAGGAAUCCUACAACUUUUGUCUGUCUCUGAAGGGCACAAAUCAGAACACAUCAUGCCUCCUAAUAAAGAUGCCAGCAGUCUUAAUAGCUCAGCGGCCGGGCUCAUCUGUCUUCCUCCAAUCUCUGAGGAGCUACAGCUUGUGUGGACCCAAGCAGCCCAGACCAGUGAGCUGGAUGGAAAUGAACACCUGCUACAAACCUUCAGCUACUUCCCCUAUCCCAGCCUAGCAGAUAUUGCUCUUCUCUGCCUGCGUUAUGGGCUGCAGAUGGAGAAGGUCAAGACUUGGUUCAUGGCCCAACGCCUCCGCUGUGGCAUUAGCUGGUCAUCUGAAGAAAUAGAAGAGACUCGAGCCCGAGUGGUCUACCGUCGGGACCAACUCCAUUUCAAAUCCCUUCUCUCUUUUACACAUCAUGUAGUAAGACCCCCACAGGAGAUUCCUCCUCCAGUGCCACCUCCAGAGCAAAUUGGUCUUGGGCUAUGUCCUCUGGCUGUUAGUGCGCCCACCCAGAUGAAAGGAUUGAAGAUAGAGCCUGAGGAACCCUCUCAGGUACCAUCACUGCCUCUGGGUGACCAGAAAGCAAAGGAACAACCCCCAGUCACACCUGGCAGUAGAGCGUUCCCCCCUCAAUCAGAUUUUUGUCAGAAUCUUCAGAGCAGUGGCCACUCUAAAGAACAGGCAGGUAGGGGUCCCGGACAGUCAGGUGGCAUGGGAACUACUUCCUGGAACCACUCCACAGCUGGCCAUCAGUCAUGUGCUCCAGAUAAGCCCCCACCAAUCUCAUUACUUGCCAGUAGUUGUAAGGAGGAACCAGCACCUAAUGUGACUCCUCCUCCUCCUUCCUCUACCUCUUCUUCUUUCCAGGUACUGGCUAAUGGAGCUACUGCCACGUCCAAACCCCUCCAGCCCCUGAGCUGUAACUCACAGUCACUCCCACCUAGUGAACAGUCACUGUCCCCACAGGUAGAGCUGCCCUGGCCCCAAAGGCUGCGGAAUAACUCAGCAGCAGGUAGGGUUGGCUCCACGGACUAUCUUUCCCCAGAUAUGCAACGCCAGCGAAAGACAAAGCGUAAAACCAAAGAGCAGCUGGCGAUCCUCAAAUCCUUUUUCCUACAGUGCCAAUGGGCACGAAGAGAAGAUUACCAUAAAUUAGAACAGAUUACUGGUUUACCACGUCCUGAGAUCAUUCAGUGGUUUGGUGAUACACGAUAUGCCUUGAAGCAUGGCCAACUAAGAUGGUUUCGGGACAAUGCAGUACCUGGUGCCCCUAGUUUUCAAGAUCCAGCAGUUCCUACACCACCACCAACUCGGUCCUUGAAAGAAUGGGCCAAGACACCACCUCUGCCAACUCCACCACCCCCACCAGACAUAGGACCUUUGGAGAGGUACUGGGCAGCCCACCAGCAGCUACAGGAAGCUGAUAUCCUUAAAUUGAGUCAGGCAUCAAGACUUAGCACUCAGCAAGUGAUAGAGUGGUUUGAUUGUCGAUCAUCUGAACCAGCUGAGGUGGUAGUCUGUUUAGAUGAAGAGGAGGAAGAAGAGGAGGAGGAACUUCCCGAAGAUGGUGAGGAAGAGGAGGAGGAAGAGGACGAUGAUGAUGAAGAUGAUGUCAUCAUACAGGAUUGAGGUGGGGGGGCACUGAGGAAAGUGGGGGGUUGUUACUGAAAGAUGAACCAACUUAGAGAUUGUUUAAAUCUUUUUUAAAAAAUUACUUUGUCGCAAAGAACUAAAAAGUUUUGUGUUUUUAGGUCAACGGGGAUAUAGUAAUUUGAGGGUUGAGUGGGGAGGAUGACCAUGGGCUAUAAACUAAGUAUUGGGUCUGCACAAAUCUAGUCCUCCACCUACAAUGUAGAGAGGGCUGAGGAGCUUGGCAAACCAUGGCCUGAAGAUGGCCCUUGCUCCCCCCUUCAGCAUGCUUAGAGGCUUGUUUGCUUAGAGGUAUUCUUUUCCUCCAGCAUGCUUAGAGGCUGUGACAUCUACAGGAGUCCUUGAACAAAUAGAAGUGCCGUGAUCCAGUUGGCCCUGUUGCAUCCCCAACCUCAGGCUGCCCCUAGAUACAAGGCUGUUUUGUGCCCCUUCCUUUCUUUCUGAGCACAUGUCUAUGCAUUUUGUAGCUCAGAGUUUCAGUGUGUCCCAGUUUUGUCCCAGAUACUUCCUCUUCAUACUAAUUUGAUGUUUGACUUGCUUUGUCAUUCAAUCACAGGUAACAGAAUGUUGCUUCUGACACUGGGACCAAUCUGCUUUGUACUGUUUUAUCUCUGUGAAAUCUCCUCUUUGGUCACUAUUUGUCUCAGGGUAAAUCUUCCCCCACAGAGCUUGUGAAAAAGUUUUAAUAAUUGGAUGGUGAAUAUUUAGACUGAAUAUUUAUUGGAGAUGGGAAUUAGGGGAGAUGUUCUUUAAAAUAAAAAGUAUGAUGAGCUGGGUGUGGUGGUGCAUGCCUGGAACCCCAACACUUGGGAGGUGGAGGCAGGAAGAUAAAGGAGUUGAAGGCCAGCCUUGGCCACAUAGCAUGUUCAGGGCCAACUUGGACUACACUGAGAUCCUGUCUUGAAACAUACACAUUACAAAGUGAUGGAAGAGAAGGAAUAUUUCUUAUGGUCAGAGGAUGGUGGGGAUAGUUUCAGGUUUGGUCUUACAAACUUAACACAGCUGCUCUUUCAGAUUGAUACAGACUGGGUUUUUUUUGUUUGUUUGUUUAUUUUUUGUUUUUUGCUAUUUUUUCAAUUUGUAUUUAACGAAGAGCUAUUUCCUUCUUUAUAGGAUCCAUCUUGGGAAUGGAAGGACCAUGGUCAUUUAAUUCAGUAAUGUUCUAGAUAAUUUUAGACACUGAAGAUCAUAGAUAUCAAUGGGUUAGUCAUCUGAAAAUAAGAGCGGAAGCCCCAAAUUAUAAGAAUAGGAAAGCCAAAUAUAAAAUUGUCUCUCUUUGCCAAAGCUGGCCUUGACUCCUAAUCCUCCUGCUUUUAUUUCUCAAGUGCUGAGAUUAUAGGUGGGUGCCGUCAUGUACAGUUCAUGCAAUGCUGGGGAUCCAACUCAAACUUUGUGUAGGCUAGGCAAGCACUCUUCCAACUAGACUACAUCUGUAUCCAGCCCCAGUUUAGGGGUUAGUGCAGCCAAGUCCAUUAGCAUUUCUGAUUUAGGGACUGGGUGUGUGGCUCAGUGGUAGUCCUCUUGCCUAGCAUGUGUAGACACCCUAUGUUCAAUCUCCAGUACCACUUUUAAAAUACCUGAUUUAAGUCAGACGCAGUGAUGCACGUCUUUAAUUCAGCACUCGGGAGGCAGGAGGCAGAGGCAGGAGAAUCUCUGUGAGUUCAAAGCCA